AGAAAUCAUCCAGAGGCGGUGGGUGUAAAAUUCCCAACUCUCCGAAUUGGGUCAGUAAAGACUUAAAAAGUGCGGAUCUCUAGACAUAACCAGCAGUGGUGAAGCCGAAGUGGGGCAGUUCUAACCCUCACAGCCAUGAGAGCAACUUUUGCAGACAUGAAUUGGAAGGUGCUGGCUGGUGUUUUAUUGGUAUUGUACGUGACUGUUACUACUACCAAGGAAAUAAGAGACACUGCCUCUAACAUCCAACAUGGUUUAUCAGUAGCUAAGGAACUUGGUGACUUUAUUGUGGCUAAAAAUUUCAACAAUGUCAUUGGAAAACUGGCUACUGCUGUAACUCCCUAUCUCGGGAUCGUUGGACCCUUCGUUUCCUUCAUCAUGGGAUUUUUCGGACAAUCUGAAUCAGCUGAACUUAAAUCCAUUAAACGUCUGUACAAAGAAGUUGACAAUCGAUUCGAUAAAUAUGAUUUAGAAUUCAACGAAGUGAAAAACCUGAUUGAUUGGAGUAAAAUAUCAGUACAGUAUUCUGAUAUUGAGCAAUAUAUUAAUGUUGUUAAUAGGGACUUCGAAAAUAUCUACACAUUUUCAACAGGAGCUGUUAAGAUUGUAACCUCUACCUUCGUCGAUAACUUCGAGGCUGUUUAUAAAAAUAGUGGUUUAAAACUCUACGACGGCAUCAUGAAUGAAGGGCGGUUGUUUGGAGGUGGUCUUUUUACUAAUGUUGUCAAACAAACCAAGUACAACAGAGGAAAAAGCCAAACCUUUAUGCUGGGGCUUCUUAAAUUGUUGAUGAAAGCAGCAAAGUUGGAACUGGCUUACCAUCAACUGAAAGGUCACACAGCAGCUCUACAUGAUUACCAAAACGUAUGGAGUACUCGAUUUAGCCAUAUCAGAUCCAAAAUGAUGUCUAUAGAUAGCUCUAUUGUCAGUCACCAUCAUACUUAAUCUGGAAAAGAUAUCUUAUAAACAAUCUGAAAACUAAAAUAAACAACAAUGACUUCAACAACAUGCUGUAUGAUUUCCUGGCUAAAAAAUUGAUUGAGUAUCGCUAGCCAAGAAGAUUGUAACUUUGUUUAUGUCUUUGGUUGAUAAAAAAAUGUAAAUUGUU